AGAACAUGAGUCAAUCCAUUGAGGUUCUGGACCAACGGACCCAGAGAGACCUGCAGUUUGUGGAGAAGAUGGAGGUUCAGCUGAAAAGUCUGGAGAACAAGUUCAGAGCAGUGGAGGAGGGACACGAGACCAACCUGGCCCGACAGUACAAGUCCAUCAAGGCUAAAAUGGAGGAGCUGCGUCCUCUGAUCCCGGUCCUGGAGUCGUACAAGGCCGACGCCCUCCUGGUGCGACAGUUCAAGGAGGAGGCGGCCAAUGUGACGGAGCUGCUGGGGGGUCUGCAGGAGCAGCUGGGGGGCCUGGACUACCAAGACCUGCACACCCGGGUCACCAGUCUGGAGGAGCGGCUCCGGGCCUGCAUGCAGAGGCUGGCCUGUGGGAAGCUGACAGGAAUCGCUGAACCAAUCACCAUCAAGACUUCAGGGUCCAGGUUCGGGUCGUGGAUGACCGACCCAGUGGCUCCGCCCGGAGACAACCGAGUGUGGUACAUGGAUGGUUACCAUAACAACCGUUUUGUCCGGGAGUACCAGUCCAUGUACGACUUCAUGACCACCGAUAACUUCACGUCGCACCGCCUCCCUCACCCCUGGUCUGGGACCGGUCAGGUGGUCUACAACGGCUCCAUCUACUUCAACAAGUUCCAGAGUCACACCAUCAUCAAGUUCGACUUCGGAACGUCGCUCAUCAGCCGCUCGCGGCAGCUGGACUUCGCCGGCUACAACAACAUGUACCACUACUCCUGGGGCGGCCACUCAGACAUCGACCUCAUGGUGGACGAAGGCGGGCUCUGGGCCGUCUACGCCACCAAUCAGAACGCCGGAAACAUCGUCAUCAGUCAGCUGAACCCCAACACGCUGCAGAUCGUCCGCAGCUGGACCACCAACCACCCCAAACGCAGCGCCGGGGAGGCCUUCAUGAUCUGCGGGACGCUGUACGUUACCAACGGUUACUCCGGCGGGACCAAAGUGUACUACGCCUACUCCACCAACUCCUCCACCUACGAGUACAUCGACAUCCCCCUGACCAACAAGUACAGCCACCUGUCCAUGCUCGACUACAACCCCCGAGACCGAGCGCUGUACGCCUGGAACAACGGCCACCAGGUGCUCUACAACGUCACCCUGUACCACAUCAUACAGUAACAGGAAGGACGUUCGACUCGCAUCGUACGAGUCAAAACCACCGGACGGAGGCCGGCGCUAGAUUUGGUGGACCACAAUGCACCUCUGCUCUGCUGUGAUUGGUUGUUUCAAUACAGGAAGUGUUGCCAACUUAGUGUUUAGUGAUGCC